CACACUCUUUUUUGCGGUCCAAGAAUUUGUAGCCUUUUUAUUUUAUUCCCGCAUUUCUCAGCUGUCCAGCGAUCGCCUUCCGGCUUUAUUCGAGGUCACAGGUCAAGCCAGCAGACGCCGAAAGCCGGAACGCCCACCGCUCCGCCCCCUUGGCCGAGGUGACCGCCGCUGUUGUUGUUUUCGUCGCCCUUAAAAACCAGCUGCUGCAUCUGUGUGCGCGCCUGUGUGUAAAGAAAGGGAAGGAAGGCAAACAAAGAGGGGACAGUCAGGCAGAUAGAACGAGAAAGAGAGCGCAAUGGAUGUGGAGGAGAAUUACGAAAACGAGAUGCAGAAUAUAAAUAUGAAUUUGAGUCUUAACCCGAAUCCGAAUUCGGAGAGCCAGCAACAACAGCAUCAGCAGCAGCAGCAGCAACAACAACAACAGAUGCAAUGUGAACCGCUAUUCGGACUCACAACCAAUACAACAACAACCACAAAUCCCAUGAUGGCCAUACCCCUGCCCCCGCCCCCUGGAAUGCUACCCGGAAUACCCAAUUCCACUCCGAACAUCACUCCGAAUUCGAACUCGAAUUUGAAUUCGAACCUAAGUCCCAGUCCAUCCGCAACAUCCGCUAACGCAUCCGUAUCCGCGUCCGCCAUCAAGGGUCUGCCGACGAAUGAUUUCGAUAUCGACUCCCUGCUGCUGCAACAAUUCAGCUGCAUGGGCACCACGGAUCACGAGGACCUCAUCAGCCAGUUCCAGAGCCUCAUGAACAACCAGAUGAACCGGGAAUCGGCCAGGUUCUACCUGGAGAUGAGCAACUGGAGCCUGCAGACGGCGGUGGGUUGCUAUUUGGACUUUUGCAGUCUGCAAUCACUGCCCUCGAUGAAGAUCGUCCAGGGAAAGCACCUAAAUGCCCAGCAGCAGGCUUUCCAGCUGCAGAAUGACGGCACCGAGCGCUGGCCAAACAACUGCUAUCUGACCUCGCCCAUCCAGACGCAGCGCAUCAAUGUGCCCGCUCUGCGUCCUGGCGAAACUUGUGAUAUCCUGGCCGAUCUGAUGCCCACGCAGCCGCCGAUUAUGUGGCGGUUGUGCACUCCAAAUGGCUGGUACUUUGGCGAUGCAAUUUGGAUGAUACCGCCGGGCACGCAGGCCAGUCAGGACGAACUGCAGCAGCGGAUGGUGCAGCUGAUCACGUCUGAGGCCAAACCGGAUGUCUAUCCGCAGAUAAACAUCGUGAUAACCGCGCACACCCAAUGAACGCGGCGUCCAGCAUCCAGCAUUCGGCAUCCUCCUCCGUUUUCGAGCGGGGUUUUCGGUCCCAAAACUCAUCGAUAGCAUUUCAUGAACCUGCGCGAAUGUAACAUUUACGAUAUGACUAGACUCUUCCCCCUUUCCUCUUAUUUCAAUAGUCUUAAAGUUGUUCUCAGUAGUGGAUUUGUAUACAGACAGGAUAAACAACAACAAUUUUUAUACACUUGACGCCGUGCAUAUUCCGGAGUAUGUAGUAGCCAACGCCAUUCACGUGUACAAUACAAUAUAUAAUUGAUAUAUAUAUAUACCUUACUAUACUUACACAGCCCCAUGUUAAACUAGAGUUUGAGUUUGAGUUCGAUUGCGAGACCCUCGUUGCUCCUUCCAUUUUUCCUCCCUCCUUCAUUUUGGUGUCAGACGGAUCAGCUUUAUAUAUAUCGAGAUAUCGGGAAGGGAGCGAAGGGGUGCGCGCGGUAGAGAAAAGAAGUGAAAGUGAGAAAGUGAGAAUCAGAAUCGUGUGGCCACAUUAUGUUCUUCUGUUAGUUUUUAGGCGGUAAAGUUGUGUGUGCGUGCGAUUGUUUAAUGCAUAAUUAUACAUUUUUUUCUAUAAUUUAAAGUCCUAUUUUCUGAGUAAACCGGAGAAGCAUGAUUAAGCAGGAAAACCUUGUAACAAAAUUAGCCUUAAGUGUUUUAUUGAGCAAAACAAGAAAGAUGCGGAAGGAAUAAGAAA